AUGGCCUCGGGCACUGUCCUGGUGACAAGGCCAGACGUGCAUGCCCUGAUCGCCUCCGGUGUCACCAAGGGCGCCGUUGUGAAAAUUGUCAACAUGCUGGGCAAGACCGGGAACUCAGGCUUGGGGGCAUACACCACUUCCAAAGGCGGUGUCUUGGCUUUGACCAAGGCUCAGGAACUGGCGCCGCCCGGCUUCCGCUGCAACGCCGCGCUGCCAUCGCUGACGCAGACUCUGAUGGCCGAUGCGCUGCCCGAAGAGAGCCACGGAUGUUCUGUGCCCUCACGCCUAUGCGGCGAACGAGCCAGCCUGAAGAAGUGGCUGAGGCCAUCGUCUUUCUCUGUAGCCCACAGAUCUCGUACAUGA